UCCAGUGAGUAUUCUUCAAGAAGAAGAAACAAUUUGUAACCUAGAAAAACUCAAAAUGUUCUUAAAUCGUAUUUUAAGAUUUUCUACGAUAAAAAACACAGUAAAUGUAGGAAAACGAUUCCUAAACACCCAGCAACACAAUAUAGUUGCCACAACAAUUCCCUUUACAAAUUCAUGGAUCUACAGGCAAAACGAUGAAAUAAAGCCCCCAACGGGGAACAAAACUAUAUUCGAACUACCCAACGGCCUAGCCUGGGCGCCCCCUCUAGUAGAUCCAGAUAAUGAUAAGGAAAUAAUUAGCCCUCCUACUGAAAACAAUACUCCGAAAGAAGCCGUAAGAAUGAUCGUGGUUCGAAGGAAGAAAAUGAAGAAACACAAACUGAAAAAACUGAGAAAAAAGUUGAAAUUCGAAAGGGCUAAACUGAGACAAAAAAGGGAAUAUAAAAAAGAAAAACUAUUUCAAGACAAACUGAUUCAACAAUGCAAAGUAGCAGAGUCAUUUUCUGCUGAGGAUUACGUCCAAAACAAACUGGACGAGUUACAUAAGCAAAUACUCCCAAAGUUCUGGAAAGGAAAAAAACUGCCAGAGUUUUUGAUCAGGGAGAAAAUGGGGUUACCGCCCAAAUAAUUUUAGUUGUUAUUCGUUUUUUAAGAUUGUAUAUUUCACCUGCGACCGGCAGUAAAGAGUUGUAACAAA